AUACUUUAGAGUACAAUGAGUUGUUUCUAGAUUAUGAGCAGUUACUGACAAAACAAACAUAUGCUCUAGAAAUAUUGAAUAAUAAAAUCAUAAUGACUACUACAGUGGCUAAUUUUGAUGUGCGCACAGCAACUGCUGUAGUACAAAUGUAUGAUGGAGCCAGUGAUGGCUUACAAGCAUUCAUUGAUGCUUGUAGUUUACUGAAAGAUUUAACUGAAGAACCUCAUCAAGCAAUGCUGCUUAAGUUCCUGAAGACAAGAAUAACAGGAAAAGCUCGCCUUGGCUUACCAGCUAAUAUAAAUACAUUUAAUCAAUUUAUCACACACAUUACAGAGAAAUGUCAGGAUUUAACAUCCCCUGAACAAAUUAUAGCAAAAUUGAAGUCGAUUAAGCAGAAAGACAAUUUGGAUUCAUUUUGCGAACAAAUCGAGAAAAUUUCAGAUAGGUUGAAAAGUACCUACAUUCAACAAAAAAUCCCGGAGGAAGUAGCGAAGAAAAUGGUUACAAAAGCAGCUGUGGAUGCUUUAAUUAAUGGAGUGUCCAACAGUGAAACUAAACUCAUUUUAAAAGUUGGAUCUUUUGAUAGUGUUCAAAAUGCUGUUCAGAAAGUGCAAGAAAAUGGUUCAGGUAGCCAACAUUCUGCUAUCUUAACAUUUUCCGCCCGAGGUCACCUCCAUCAAAAUGGAUAUAGGUCCUCAGGAUUUCGGAAGCACAAUCAUUCCAAUUUUCGUCAUAAUAAUAAAAAUUACAAUAGUAAUCAAAAUUUUCAAUCACGCAAUAAUGGUCAUAAUGGGAAUUUCAGAAAUUAUUUUCAACGUAACACCUCCUAUUCAAACUCGAAUGGACGUGGAAGGUUUAACAAUAACAUUAAUAGAAAUUUCCCGAGUCGCAUGUUCCCCAUGGAAGCAGCUCAAGUCGAAACGCAAGCAUUCACCAAUCAAAUGGUACCAAUGCGUAAUGAUAAUAUGAACACGAACCAUUCUCCAUUAGGUUUCAAUCAGCAAAAUUUUUCUUUUUUAGGCCAACCAACUGCUUUUCAUCAAAGACCGGCACAAAAUCAAAACCAGUCUUCGCGAUGAAUCUAAAUGCAGCC